UUCUCGUGAGAGGUGUGUCGAGCUUGUUCUUCCGCGUUAUCAACUAAAAAAAUAUAAUCAAAAAAAAAAAUACAAACUACAUAAACAAUGUAUUAAAUAAUAUUUAUCUAAAAUUUUUAUUUAAAAAAUUAACGUAAUUAGCAAACCAACAAAAAAAGUGAUUUAAUUUAGUAUAAAUUUUUUGUGUAUUAUUUUAAUUUAAUUUAUUAUUUUGUGAUUAUAAAAAUUAAAAUUUUUCAUUAUGAUAAUUUAAUAUCCUAGUGGAUUUAAUAAUAACUUCAGUUGAAACUUUUUUCUUUUAGAAAAAAAACCAAACAGUUAUAAUUAAAAUAUAAAAAGUAGUUUUUUUAAAAAAAAAAUUAUAUGGACCGGUGAAUGUUACAAGAGGAAUCAAGCAGCAUAUUAACUGGGCUUUUUAGAAUACGCAAAAUCCCUUGACCGGGAUUAACUACUGCAGCACGUGAACUGCAAUCUAGAGCAAAGCUCAUUCACCAUGUAAAUUGACUGUAAUAUUAUUCGCAGAAAAAAAAAGUCAGAGCUAAAUUAAGCCACGAAUUAUAAUUAAACAGUUUCAGUAAAUUACAAAUAUUCAUAGAAUGUAACAAUCCUAGAGCAGAAUAAUACAGCAUUAAAAAUAAAAAAAAAACAAAAAAAAAAAACCAAGAUAAAAAUUAAAUUACCAAAAGUAAAAGACACAAUGGCAGAGAGUGAUGAAAUUGUCAGCAGAAUGCUACGUCAUAUACUGACAAAUUUAACAAGUACAAGUAGUAGUAUUGCUGCAACAACAAUAUCUGAUAUAUCACGUUCUAAUGUCACCAAAAAUAUACAGUACAAUUUUGAAAUAUCACCAUCACCAUCACCACCAACAAUCCUAGAAAUUGGCAACACUCCAACAAUUUUAGAUAAUCCAUCUACAAUUUUAAAUAGCUUCGGAGUUACAACAUCAACAUCAACUAAAACUGAUCAACAAAUUUACAAUUCAACUGGUUAUCUUGUUGAUCAAGACGAGCUUGAAUACAGUAUACUUGCUGCAUUUUCAGACAUGCAAACUGUAUUUUUGGCAUGUAUUUUUACACUUUUGCCAUUAAUAUUUGCACUUGCUGUUGGUUUUGGAAUAAGACAUGCUUGGAGAAAAUACAGACAAAGAAAAGAUGGAUCAAGUGAGCUACCUUGGUACAGAGGUGUCUGUUCACGUGAUGACACACCAAAUUCACUUCAUCAUCGUUCAAGCUGUGGAAGCAUUAACAUUCAACCAGCUACGAGAAUUCUAUCAGCUCAAGAUUUGGUAAAUGGAUUGGAUGGCCCAAGGUAUAUUUGUGAAACUGAAGUGAUGAAUAAUGUUGAUCUAGCAUCGGCCAAUGUCGAGUACACAUCACCUGGUAAUAAUCCCAACAGCAAAAAUGCCAACGGCAACAUUAUCACUCUCACACUGAAAAAUAAUCAUCUCAUCGUUGAGACCGAAGAACGGACGGUUACAAUGGAAGAUAAUUCAUUUGUGGUUGAAGUUGAGCCUAAAUACAUAAGAGAUGAUGUUGGAGUUGAUACUGAUUCAACAGACAAUGUGACUGGUAAAGUAAUUGACCAACAGGCACUUGUACAUCGUGAGGAAGUUUCUGAUGAUCGUCCAACUGAUUUUGAAAAUAAAAUAUUUGGCAGUAUAAAUACUGGAUUGUCACAAUCGGAUCUUUCGAUUUCGAGUCAAGGAUCAGUUAAUCGUAGUUAUCAUUAUGGCAAUCAAGUCGAAUAUGAAUCAGAACAAUUUGGUUAUUCAAUGUAUGAAAAUGGCAAUUACGAAAAUGAUAUUGUUCAACGAAAAUUUGAUGGUGGAUCAAAGUGGGUGGAAUUUGAUAAAUCACCGGACAUUGACAAGUCAUUGCUGAACAAUUUGAAAACGAGUUUUGAAAAAGAUUCAACUGAACACAUGAAUUCCGAUGACAAAGACAACAAUGUCCAUUCAUCAAUCGACUCAAGUUCAUCAUUAGAGCAUCAAGACUCAACAGACGCAAGUAACUCAACAGACACAGUAAAAUCAAAUCCAAAUUUACAAAUGAAUGGCACGACAAAUAUAAUAUUCGAGAAUAACAUUAACAAUGACAAUGAAAAAUUACAUUCAAAUAAGCCAAUAAUAACUGGCGCGUUAUUAAAAGAUGAAAAUAAUCAUGAUGAUCUAUUGUUAAAUGAUAAUAAAAAUAAAAAAAUUGGUAAUGGUAUAUUAAUAAAUGGUGAUAAUAAACAACAACAAAUAACAAAACCUGAAGCCAGUGUGUUUGUUGCAUGCCAUAAACGAAGUGGUAGUAUUCCACCACGACUUAUCGAUGACACAAAUGAAAUUGAUCGUAAAAAAAGUAUUGACAUCUACAGUCAAAUUAAAACAACAAUAUUACCAAAUUUAAAUCCCAAAUUUGAAAUUCUACAAAAUGAUAUUAGUCCAAUUGACGAAAAUGAAAGUUAAUCAUUUCAAGAUAAUCAAUUGACAGUACAAAAAAAAAUUUCAAGCAAAUAAAUCACUAAAAUCUAACGAAAAAAAAAUGAAACAAUUUAAAAAAAAAAAAACUUUAAUCCUGUGGUUAUAAAUUUCCAAGAAUUUAAUUGACACGAAGGAUGAAAAAUUAUAUAAAUAAAUAAUUCUAAAAACUAAAUAAUAACACUAGGAUAGCUGAUUUUUAACCAUGAAUUUUGAAAAAAUAAAAAUAAAUUGGUUUUACUAUGAAUAUUGUGACAAAUUUAUAAUUUAAAAUUGUAAAGAAUUUUACUGAAAAAAAAUAACUUAUUGUGCCAAUGAAUAAUUUGCCAAAUACACCAACAAGACCUAAAAUAAAAAUAAAUUGUGACAAAUGUCCUGAACAAUAAUUGUCUCCUUACAAUUGUUAUUUUUUUUUCUAUUCAAAUUUUCAUUUGCUAGCAUUUUUUACAAAAAAGUUUUAUGUAUUGUUCGUCAAGAAUUGUAAGAAGAGAUAAAAAAGAUCAUAGCAUUGUAAUUCUGCUGAAUGAAUUUGCGAGAAACUUCUUGUAUAUUUUCUAUGACGUUUGCGUGUCUGCUCUAGGCUUUUGUUAAUUGGAAGGACUGAAGCAGAUUCAGCUGAAUAAAAAACGUGUACUGAAGUGUACCCUGUAAUUUGACAAGAAGUUGGAUACUAGUAUCCCACGAAUUUUUUGUAAUAUUUUUUUGAUGCUUUGAUUUUUUAUUGGACACGCAAGGCAGAUGUUGGAUACCACAUAGAGACAGUAUUACAAAUGGAAGUGGUAUUUACAACCAUAAAGAACUAGUAUAUUUAAACAAAAAUAAAUGUAUUCUUAUUGAUACGUCCCUUGAGGUGGUCAGUACAUUCAUAUUUAUACAAAAAAAAAUAUGUUACUUCAAUGAAGCACCCUGACAUUGAUUGACAUUUGACAGAAUAAAAUAUCUUUUAAUUUUGACUAUUUAUUUAUAAUUUUUUUACCUUCAAAACUUUAUUCUUUCGUAUGCAAAAAUUUUAUCAAAUUCAUUCUUCAAAAAUUCGACUAUUUUGUUAUUUUGAAUAUUUUAAUUUUUAUGUACUCUGAUUGAUAGCUUGUGGUCAAUAUUUGACAUGAAUAAAAAUAUAAUAACGAGCAAUUUAUUAAAGUUAAAAUUAUAUAAAAUUAUUUUACAAAAAAGGAGCUUGAGGUCACUCACUAAAUAAAAGUGAAUUCCAGUGCCAAAAUACUUCCAUAAGAAUUAUUAAAUACCAAAAUAUUAACAACAUAAUUGUGCUUGAUUUUAAUUUAGUUAUAAACACGUUAUGAUAUUCAAAUUUUAUACAUUUUUGUUGUUAUAUUUAAACAAUAAUAAUCAAGAAAAAAAAAAUUAUUAUUGUUGUAGGAAUUUAAAAAUUGUAAAUCAAAUAUAUUAUAUGUUAAUGUUUUUUCGUGAAAAGAAACACAAAAAUUAAAUCGUCUUGAUUUGAUAAUAAUUAAUUGUUAAUUUAUUCAUUAUAUUUUGGUUGUAAAGAUGAAUUAUCUAAACAUAAAUAAUGUGAUUAAUAUAAAUUAGAUAUUGGUUGAUUGUUUGUAUUAAUUAAUUUUAAUAUUAUUACGAAUUUCAUGUUGAGUGUUUUACUAGGCAGUUAGAUGUGAUGUACUAGAAGACACCUGUUGUUUAUUGUACUGCUUUAAUUUAUUUAAUAAUUAUGACAUCAUUUAAAAUAUUAAUUACAUAAUGAUUAGAUUAUUGCUAAUUAUAUAAUUGAUGAUGUAAGUCAUGUGGCAAUGAAUUUUAUAAAUACAAAGAUAAGAAACAAAAUAUAAAUUAAAACAAUUUUUUUCUUUUUGUAAUCAUUUGUCUACAGUAUUAUUAAUUAAUGUUUAAUUUUAUUUUAAAAUUUAGAAAAAUAAAAGAAAUAAUUAAUUAAGGAAAAAUAAUAUCAAAUUAAAAUUUGACCAGUUUUUAAUAUUAUUUUUAAUUAAAUAAAUUUUGUUAAUCAAAAUACUUGGUUAUUUUAAAAUAAACAUUUUGCAAUAUUGUGAUUAAAUAAAAGCAGAUAAAUGAAUUUUAAAAUUUAUAAUAAUUAUAUAAUAUAAGACAUUUUUUACAUGAAAUAUUGUGCAAUAUUAGUCAAGAUGUAAAACUGCGAUUAUUUAAUUUAUAAUUUAUUUAUUUAAUAAAUUUAUUUGAAAUACAUUAUACGCACCAAAAUGACGAAAAUUAAAAAAGUGAUAAUUUGGGUAUCACGAUUAUGUAUAAUACCAAAAAAUAAAAAAUAAAUAAUUGGUUAAAUUAAAAUAUAGUUAUAAUGAAUUUUGUAUAACC